UCUCUCCGAUUCCUUUUCGUCGGAAGAAACUGCAAAAGCCACAAUGGGCGAGCAGAAGAAGAACGAUGGUGACAACAACAAGAAUGGAGGGAAAGGCAAGAAAGGAAAUGGCGAGAAGAAAGAGGAUAAGUCUUUGACGGUUGUUUUGAAGGUGGAACUGCAUUGUGAAGGUUGCGCCUCCAAAAUCUGCAAGUAUCUUCGUACUUUUGAAGGGGUGGAGAGUGUGCAGAAAGAGAUGGAAGCAAACAAAGUGACGGUGGUCGGAGCAGUGGAUCCGGCGGUUCUUCGUGAGAAAUUGAACCAGAAAACCAACAAGAAAGUCGACCUCAUUUCUCCCCAACCCAAGAAAGAUGACAACUCAGGGAAGAAGGAGAAAAAACCAGAAAACGAAAAAAAGCCAGAUGCUGAUAACAAGAAGAAAGAGACUCCAGCGAAGACGGCGGUUUUGAAGUUGCAGAUGCACUGCCAGGGUUGCAUCGAGAAGAUUCGGAAGACAGUUGCCAAAACUAAAGGUGUGCAGGAUAUGUCAAUGGACAAGCAGAAAGAUCUGUUGACGGUGAAAGGAACGAUGGACGUGAAGGCGUUGACGGAGGUUCUGAAGGAGAGACUUAAAAGACCUGUCGAGAUUGUGCCACCGAAGAAGGAGAAGGGCGAUGAAAAGGAAGGCGGUGACAACAACAAUGGCGGCGGCGGCGGUGGUGGUGGGAAGAAGAAAAAGAAAGGAAAUGGCGGCGGUGAAGACGGCGACAACAAUGGUGGUGGGACGGUGGAGGGGAACAAGCUGGAGUACAUGGGUCAACCGGAUUUCGGAUUCGGAUACCCAUACGAACAAGGGUAUUUCCCGGGUUACCCCACAUAUGCUCCGUUUUACCCAGUCCAUUUGCAUGCCCCGCAACUGUUCAGUGAUGAGAAUCCGAAUGCCUGUUCCAUUAUGUAAGAUUGUGAGGACCAAAAUGAAAAAAAAAAAAAUGUAAAUAAGAAGUAAAUAGAGUUUAUCAGAGACUCUAAAAUAGGGAAAUUUUGGGAAUUGUAAGGGCUCAGAUGUCCUUUAAUGGGUUAUUUACAGUAUUGUAAUUUUGGGUAUUUAGGGUUUUGACCUUAGAUUGCUAUUCUAAUGUUGGAACUUUAAUGAAUUUAGUGUUUGUUA